AUGAUAAUCACCAAGAGCAUCAGUAUCUCUAGUGAUUGGCUUCGGAUGUUAGAGCCACAAGUUGCCACCAUCUUGGGUACAUGGUCCCUUACCGUCAACCAGACCAAGACAGAAUUCACAGCCAUCCAGCGAGAGGCCGAUCGUGCUGAUGAGCCAUGGCGUAUGGUCAAGAAACUCGGCUCUCUCCUUGGUGAUGCAGAGGAUGUCACCCGCAGAAAGCAGCUUGCGGCGAUAGCGUUUAAGUCCCUCUGCCAGUUAUGGAAGAGAAGAGACCAAGUGAGUCUGGAGGUGCGCGUCCGGCUGUAUAACUGCUUCGUGUUACCUGUCUUGCUUUACAACUGCUCCACAUGGGGCAUCACUCGACAGACAAUUGAAGCGCUGGAAUCGUAUCAUCGGCGGCAACUUCGGCAUAUCUUGGGUAUCAGGUGGCCCAACCGACUGUCGAACGAUUUGGUUUUUGAGCGCUGCAGUGCUGCUCCACUUGGCAACAUUCUGGUGAAUGCAAGAUGGCGGUUGUUUGGCCACAUCCUGCAAUCAGAUGAGCACACACCGGCUAGGGAGGCCAUGAGUGGAUUCUUUGGCUGCUCCGUGCCGGGAUACCGUGGGCGGCCGCGGAUCACGCUACCAGUCCUGCUGAAUCAAGACGCGGAGCGAGUCGGCUGCCGUCUGAGGACUCCAAGGGACUUGCAGCUGAUGGCUCAGCGAGCACUGGAUCGCCGUGAAUGGACAUAUCUGUGCAACGCAGUUACAGAUGCGUACAAGGCAGAGUACUGGUGA